UGAGUUUCCUAGUAAUUUUGUUGAAUGUUUUUGACUUUUUUUUUUGACUAUUUUUAUUUCAGCUUUAGUUUUAGUUAUUUUAGUACAUCCAGUCAAUCUAAGUUGAAUUAAGAAACCUUGCUUUGUCAAGUAGCUGAAAUGAAAUAAGUUUAAGUUUUUCGAGAUUUCAUUUUAUUUCAGUACUACUUUAACUAAAAUUAAAAAAAACCAGAAAAUAUAAAAUAGAAACUCAAAACAUGAGGAUAACAGAGUGUCGUCAGUCUGUGAUCUUCUGGAAACGCUCGUGUUCUGGUCUGGAGUCAGCGCUCUGCUUGUCAUCGCUCGUGUCGAGAGUAUGUAGGCCGUGUGUGUGUGUGUGUGUGUGUGUGUGUGCUCGUCAGUGUUCAUUGGUUGGUGGAAGAGUCUGUAUGAACAGGUGGAGCUCGAGGAGCCACUUCCUGUCAGAGAAGAGAUCUCGAGCUUCAGAGAAGUCAGUCGACACGACAGCGUCUGCAGCCUCAAACCGGCGGCCGUCACACAGAUCCCCAGAGCCCGUCCGUCAGACACCGAGAGAGGGUCAGCGAUGGCGUCGAGGGCAGCGUCCGCCGCGAUCGUCCUGCUCUCGAUGGCACCUGCGUCAGUGACUGCAUCAUCAGUGUACGACCCUCAGAUCUGUUACGCUCUGGACGGGAUUCUGCUGCUGUACGGAGUCAUCAUCACUGCGUUCUUCGUGCACGAGCGGUACGUCAAGAAGAGGACUAAAGCGGACGCAGAGUCUCCGUAUCAGGCGAUUAACACCGCGGGGAAGGAAGUGUACAGCGCGCCGAACCAGCGCAGCGGUGAUGAAGCUCGGGGUCGCAGGAGAGGAGGAGACGACACGUACACGCCUCUGACUAAGAAGACGGAUGAAACGUACCGUGAGAUUGAGCCGAAGGGAGACCGCCGGCGUGAUCAGGUCUAUCAGGGUCUGAGCUCCAUGACCAAAGACACGUAUGAUUCUCUGCACAUGCAGCAGAUUCACCCGCCGCCCCGUUAGAGUCGCUCGUCUGACCCUCGUCAGGACACAGUCCACUCCACAGUCCCUUCUUUCUUUCCUAAAGGCUCCAGUCAUGUGAUUAUUGUGUUUUUACAGUUUCUCACUUUCAUAAUGAGCUCAGAGUUCACAGGUCACACACGUCCAGCAGAGAAUCGCUUCAUUUACUAACAUUAGUCAACAUGAACUAACAAUGAACAACUUCCACAGCAUUUAUUAAUAUUAGUGAAUGUUCAUCUCAGCAUUUACUAAUACAUCAUGAAAAUAAAAAGUUUAUUUGUUCAUAUUAUUUAAUGGAGCUGAGCUGACAAUCAUCUAUUGAUUCUUUAUUGAUAUUAAUAAAUGCUUUAAAAAGUGUAUUUUUCAUUGUUAGUUGAUGCAUUAACUAGAAUUGAUAAAUGAGUCCUUUAAAAAAAUCCCUAUAACAGCGUUUGACAGUAAACUGAGUGAAGAACAAACGCUUGAACGAACAUCAUGUGAUUCAGUUGAUUCACUCGACACUCAUUUGUUCUUCUGGACGAAUCUCAUUAGUGUAAUAUCACAAUCUUCUUACUAAAUGAUUUUAUUCAGUGAUUUCAUAAAACAAUAUUUGGUUUCUCAAAGAAUCUUUCAGUGAUCCGUUCUUAAAAGAACCACUUUAAUCAUCUAGAGAACCGGAAUGAAAGAUUCACAGAUGUUAAAGAUUCUUCAUGGAACAUCAACAUUCAUUUUUAAUAUUGUUUUCAGUCCUAAAAACACAGUUUCAUAGUGUCUUAUUUUCUUGUGAUUUUGUGGUGAAAUAUGAGCAGAUUUUAUGAGAUUCACUGAGUUUUAAUGAUGUUUAGUUUUUCACACACUGUCUUUUAGGAACAUAAUUUUGCAUUUACUCUUAAAAACUGAGAAUUUCACUAUUUCAUUUAUUUUUUGUCUGUAAUUUUGUCAUUAGCUUGUUAAUAAAAUGAUUUUUUUCCA